AGGUCACGUGACGUGGGGGCCGAGUCCCCGGAUGAAGGAAGCGAGGCACCGGGGGCCGAGGUCGAGUGUCGGAGGGCGACUUCAGGGGCAGCGUCGCGGUUCAAAGGGCGCCGAGAACCGGGGUCCGAGGUCCCGGUGCAGGUGUCCGAGGUUCGAGCCACCGGGUGCGAGGUUCUGUGCAGGCCCCAUCCGGGCCGUGGGGCCGCGUGGCACAAUGAGCUGUGGUGGUGGUCACGAAGUGGACGAUGAGGCGUGCUGCAGCGCACGGGGAUUGCGCACGCCAGGAGACACAACCGAUUGUUCAGAGAGCGGUCUUUCCUUCCAUUCGGUGUCUGGCGAUGACUCGGCCACCGAGGCUCAAGGCUACGAGGCUGACUUUGAGCCGCCCCUUGAGAGCAAGUACGAGUGCCCCAUCUGCCUGAUGGCACUGAGGGAGCCCGUGCAGACUCCCUGCGGACACCGCUUCUGCAGAGCAUGCAUCCUGCACUCCAUGAGGGACGCCGGUCCCAAGUGCCCCGUGGAUAACGCCGUGCUCCAUGAGGGACAACUCUUCCCCGAUAACUUUGCCAAGCGCGAGAUCCUGUCGCUCACCGUGCGAUGUCCCAACAAGCCGUGUGGUCACCGCGGCGAGCUGCGUGCCCUACAGGAACACCAGUUGCGUUGUGAGUACGCGCAGGUGCCGUGUGUGCGCUGUGAGAUGCCUGUGUGCCGGCGGGACCUGGCAAAGCACGAGGAGCAGGAGUGCAUGAGACGCAUCGUCACUUGUCUCCACUGCUGUGAGAAGAUGGCAUACCAGGACUCAAAGAACCAUGAACAGAUGUGUCCACUCGUCGUGGUGAAUUGCAAACACUGCCAACAGGAGCUGAUCCGGGAACAGCUGGGGCCGCAUCUGGAGGUCGACUGUCAGCAAGCCCAGGUGCCCUGCACCUUCAGCCCGCUCGGCUGUGAGGCUCAGAUGGUGCGGUCGCUGCUGGCCGCUCACAUGCAUGAGCACACCCAGGUGCACAUGCGUCUCCUGGCCAACGGCCUCAAGAUCCUGCGUAUCCAGGUUGGCCAGGGUGCCCAACCGUCCUCGGCGGCCGGGUCCUCUGCUCCGCCUAACAGCCUCUCUUGGCUCAGCAGCACGAGCGGCGGGGACGUCCAGACUGCCGGCGCCAGUCGGAGCCAGGGUUCGCGCGACCGCGCCGCGUGCGACUGCGCUCAGGAGCUGGACCGGCUGCGCGAAAUCACGCGGACGUUAGAGGAGCGCGUCAUCCUGCAGCUGCACCAGAUCCGGGAGCUGAGCGCCAAGACGGACAACCAGCAGGGCUUGCUUGCCGAGGCCACGCGCCUCGUGCGCUCGCUGGAGGCUCGCGUGGCCGAGUCCGAGUCGCGCCUGUGCGCGGGCAUCUUCACGUGGCGCGUGGAGAGGUUCUCACGACUCCUCCCUGGGGGCCUCGCCUCCGGCUUUGCCUCCGAUGGGAUGCACCCAGACGCUCCGGCUGUCAUGCACAGUUCUGGAUUCUACACGGGAGUCCCCGGCUACCGCCUGUGCCUUCGCCUGCAGGUGCUGAGCGGCCGCGAGGGUCCGGCGGGCGCGGCUUCUCCCGGCGUGCUGCUCGCCGGGCGCCAACCUCAUCUGGCCUUGUUUGUUCACCUGCUGCAAGGCGACUAUGACCACCGCCUGCCAUGGCCCUUCAACGGUCGCAUCCGCAUCUCGGUGGUGGACCAGUGUGAGCGCGACAGCGUGCACGUGACAGAAAUGAUGGAUGCCGAUCCGCAGCUGAGUGCCUUCCAGCGCCCCUCCGUGCACCGCAACCCCAAGGGUUUUGGCUACAUGAAUUUCAUGGAUAUCAAGACCCUGCACCACCGCUCUUACCUGCGCGAUGACUGCCUAGUGGUGCGCUGUGAGGUGGUGACGACGCUGGGUCCGGGAGGGUUGCAGCAGCAAGGCCUACUGCUCGAGGACCCCCCACGGCCCCCAAAUCAGCCCGAGAAUGUUCCACAUUCCAUGGGAUGAGCAGAGUGGAGAGUUUAACACAACCAGGAUGUCAGUCGUAAUUAUUCUUUUUUUUGUUAUAAUUAUUACGGUUUUUUUUACCCAGGAAAUCUCACUGAGUCUCAAGACACUUUUCAGGAGGGUCUUGCCAAGUUUUUACAGGAGGGUGCGAUGUUGUCAUGUGUCACCCCAAUUGAGUAAUUUGCAGGUCAUUUUUCAGCAUAUGACCAACACCAGUUACAUUGGGUUUUUUUGCUGUGAGAGUAAGCCAGAGAACCAAGAGGAAACCCAUGCAAAAAAGGGGCAGAACAAACAAAUUCUCCACAGAAAGGCACCCGUGUCAGGAAUCGAACCCCCAGGACCUUCUUGCUGUUCUCAAGUGUUACCCUGCCACCCAAAUAUUCUUGUAAUUGGUCACCCCGAGUUAUAAAUGUAUCCACCAAAGCAGUGGUUCCGAACCUGUGGUUUGUGAGUCACUGACAACCCCACGGACCACCAUGCACCAAUAAAUGUAAAUAUCUAUUCUAAAUCCGAGUAUCUGCAAACAGAUACAACACACAUUCUAUGUACGUGAUCUGACCCAAUAAAAUAAAUUAUAUAUCUGCAAACACUUCCCACAAAGAUUUUUCUCGGCCUAUGAAUGUCACUGUCUGCAAAAUAAAUAUGCACAGUUCCCCGGCAGUCCAACUCGUGAUUUUAGCUGGAGCCAACUGGAUUACGACUUAUGCCACUCAGUCACCACCUCCAUAUGCAGAUGACAUAUGCGGGCUCUCCAAGACAUUAAUUUUGAUUGUCAUUUUCUGUUCGUGCCAGAUAUUCGUUUGUUAACAUACCCAUGUGCCUACAGCCUGUGAGAGCAGCCUUUAUAAUCAAAACCAUGUCUUCCCUGCUUUUUGUAACUAAAUUGUAAUAAUGUACUGUUUGAACUGUGAGGUAUCGAUAUAAUCGGGCUGCAUUGCGAAUGGUGUCACAUCUCCUGGCUCGUGGCACGAGAUCAUAUAGAGGCUACGCCCAAGCUGCGGGAAGUGAUGUGUUUUAUUGUGAGGAUGCAGUGAAGCUCUCGUCUCCGGGGUGACUUGUGUGUUCCAUUACGCUGGGGCGGUGAAUAUUAAAGAGUGAAGAGUUCCUGUCGUGUGCUCCCAUGUUUCACGUAACGAGAUUAUAUUCUCGGCCAAAUGCAGUGCCAAAUUAAUGUUUGGAUGACACACUGAAGCGUGCGAGUGUGGCUUCUAUAUCACUGCAACCUCGUGCUAGUUUCGCAUCGAUAUUUCAUGAAUCUGAAAUAAAGCCUUGUUACAAAAAUCAAGAGUAAAUUCCUGCUGAUAAAAUAUACAUCGAGGCAUUGGUGCUCAUCUCAUGUUUACAGCCCUGCAGAGCCAGUGGUGGAAAAUCUGCAUUCCUCUGGUGGGGGCAGGUGUAUCCAUCGGACAACCACUAUUGACUAUCCCACAAAGUUGCUACUCAUUUCAACAACCCCGGAGGGAUGAUGAGCUGAGUCAACCCCCAACCAGGAUUUUAACAUGCAACCAAAUAUCUACCAUUGUAAUUACCAUGAAGUGAAGUGCGGUAUUUAUGUAUGUGCUAAUGCAUCUAUAAUUUAUUGGUAAUGAGUGUAAUGCUAAAGUUCUGUAAGAUUGAGAAUAUAAAAAAAUAUUAUGUAGAGGCCAAAAUCAUAUUCGUUGGGUCUUUCGGUAAAGUCACGUAGUUAGGUUCAAAGAAAAAAUAACAAAAAACUACGACGUUUUGAUCACAACACAAGCGAUCGUCAUCAGGAGGAACAAAAGGGGGAAAGCUGCUGCGGCAGACUGUUUUAAAGGUUUAAAAGAAAAUAUAGCCCAAGGGUCUUAAACGAAGUGGACAGGGCUAGUGAUGUUAGUGUGAGAAAUUAGCGUGUUAAUGUAA